AUGUCCGCUAGUCUAACCACCCCUGCCCGCACCCCUCCUCCUCCCAGAGACCCGGCCCCCCCCCACCUAGUCCUCCCCCCUGCCCUCCCCAUUCUCCCCUCUCCUCCUAUUCACGCUCCCCGAAGAUACUACCGUCCGUCUCCCUCGCCUUCUUCCCUUUCUCCGCCGAACCCUUUCCCCCCACUGCUCGCUCCUCCCGCUGCCCCCCUCGUACCUACUCUUUCUCACGCUGCCAGACUCUCCGUUGUCUCACCUGACAUUCCUCUCCUCCCCCGUCCGCCCGUGCUCCUCCGGAUCACCCCUUCCUGCUCCUCCUCCUACCUACUCCUUCCCUCCUCUACCUACUCCACCCCCCCCCAUCUUCCUUACCUCGACCUCCACGACUCUAUUCCUCCCACCUCCUUCCCCCUGAACCCCUUCACACCUCCCCUCUCUCCCUACCUUCCACCCCCCUGCUCACCUCUACCUCACUCCCACGACCAUCCCUCCCCUGCUCCCGUCCUUUCCACCCCAAUCUCCCACCUGCCCCUCCCCACACGCACCCUACUGCCAGAUCCCUCGCUCGUCCCCUCCGUCGCUCCUCCCCAUUGUCCACUCCUCCCCUUACCUCCCACCCUCUCACUUCCCCCCCCGUUACCAACCUCUCCUCCCCGCUUCUCCAACAUAUCUCUCCUUCUCCUAGUGCCGUCUCCUUCCCGAUUCCCCACCGUCCGUCCUCCCCCUAGCUCACCUCCCUCUCCCCUCCCAGACCAGCACUCCACUUCCCCCACCGCCCCUCCUGCACUUCUCCCACCCGCAUCUUACUACGCUCUCUCCUUCCACCUCCUCCGCCGCACCCGCACCCUUCAUGAGCCCUCUUCCUCUCCGCUCUGCGUCCAGGCCUCCUCCCCUUCAUUCUCUUCCAGUCUCUCCUUUCCUUCUUCCCUCCCACUCUUGUGCCUCUCUCCUCCCUCUACCGUACUACCGUCCUUCACUUUCCCCCUGCCCCUGCUGCCCUCAUCCAUCAUGUCCCUCUCUCCUUGUUCCUUGCUCUAUCUUCUUCCUCUACACGCUACGGCUUCUUCUAAAACCAUCCUCGCUUCCCUCCCUACUGAUCCUCCUCCUCUACCUCCACUGUACUCUCCCACCCUCUCCUUUUUCCCACCCUACCAUCUACCACACCCUCAGUGCCUCCACGCAAGCCUCGCCUCCCCUGCCCACCGCCCGCCCUCCCAGCGCUGCACGUCUCCACCUCCUCCUCUCUCUUCUCUCUCUCCCAUCCUCCUUACCUCUCACCCUCUCCCGACCUCGCUCCCCCGAUACCUCCGAACAUACCUGCCGCCCUCCUACACGUCAUGCCUCUCCUGCCCCUCCCAUCCUCGUACCUCCCCUUCACUAUCUACCAACCUUCACUCCGUAUAUCAACCUUUCCCCAUCCCUUCCUCCCCAUCCUCUCAUUCCGUCCGCGCUCACGCUAUUGCCCCCCCCUUCAACACCCACCACAUCCCCAGCCGCCCUCCUCCUACCCUGCACCCCUCCUUACAUCCCUUGCCUUCUCGCCCCACCUCCGCACCUUCCCCCAACGAUCACCUAGCUCAACUCCUGGCUAGCACCCCGACAUCUCUACGAUAG